AUUAAAAAAAAAAAAAAAAAAAAAAAGCCCUUAAAAUUCACUCUAACAUUACGCAAAUUGCUAUAACUGCUGUUUAUGACUGAAGAAGCUAAUUCUCUUCUUGUUCACAUACCAAUUCAGAAGAAAAAUGCUUCUUCAAACAACCACCUUCUCAUCUCUUCCUCCACAAAGCCGCCACCACCAUCACCACUUCCUUUCUCAAUCUCCUGCUUUUGCUCUUCUCCCACUUGGGUCUCUUAAGUUCAGGUCCUAUAGCCAUUUUUCUCAGGUCCUUUUUCAGCGCUGUAGUUCACCAGACUUGACAACGUUUAGACCAGGCCAUGGGUUGAAUGUCAGAAAAUAUCUCAAUUUACUGAUACAUCAAAAGGAAUUGGCAAUUGGAUCCUAUGACUCAACAAGAUCUGAAAAUUUCUCGAGGCACCUUUCAAAUAUCAAGGACAAUGUGCACUUGAAAAGACUAUUAAUUUGGUUAUCAACAUUCUCAUGUGGACAAAUCUCAUUGUUGAUUUCUGCAAAAGUGGCACAUGCACAUGAAAAUAUCAGAGAAGAUGUGCUUUAUGAUGUUGGGGAGUUAUUUGAAUUGGGAAUCCAGCUCUCUUAUCUGCUUUUGCUAUUAGCUUUACUUGGGGUUGGAACGUUCUUUGUAAUUCGUCAAGUCCUUGUACGUAGAGAGCUUGACCUUUCUGCCAAAGAAUUGCAAGAACAAGUGAGGAGCGGUGACGCUAGUGCAACUGAGCUGUUUGAACUUGGUGCUGUAAUGCUGAGGAGGAAAUUUUACCCUGCUGCUACUAAAUUUUUGCUUCAGGCAAUUGAGAAAUGGGAUGGUGAUGAUCAGGAUCUUGCCCAGGUUUACAAUGCCCUGGGUGUGAAUUAUGUUCGUGAUGGUAAACUUGACAAAGGAAUUGCCCAGUUUGAAACAGCAGUGAAGCUUCAACCUGGUUAUGUUACAGCUUGGAACAACCUUGGUGAUGCAUAUGAGAAGAAAAAAGAUUUGAAAUCUGCCCUCAAGGCAUUUGAAGAAGUGCUACUUUUUGAUCCUAACAAUAAGGUGGCUCGGCCGAGGCGAGAUGCAUUGAAGGAUCGUGUGCAAAUGUACAAAGGAGUUCCUGUCAAAUCCAAGGAUAGAUGAUUUUGUUUUCAUAAGAUCAUGAUCAUAUUUUCUCUUUCAUUUUUAAUCAUCCCGACCAUGGAACUUGAGACUUACCUGUAAAAGAAGCUGCCUUUCUAUUGUCUUUAUAGCGAUAAAUCACAGCAAUCAACUCUCUUAAUGUGUGUUAACCAUUUCAGCGUCUGGUUUGAUUGUAGUAUGCUUUUAUCUAUACAAUUUAAGUUAAACUAAA